CAUCCUCUACAUUAGACGGGAGUGCCCUCCCUCAGUCGCGUUCAUUUCAUACCAACUCUCAUUCCACGCGUUCCUCACUCACUCCUUUCAAACUUCAGGGAAAAUAAAAACCCUCGCUUUUCCGAUCAACCUCCGGCCCGAACGCUGCCUCCCCUCGCCGCCGCGCAGUCUCGCCGUCCUGCUCGCCGCUCCGCGCUCUUCAGGCCGAAAUGAACUGAUUGCCCGUUAUAUUAAGCUGAGAACAGGGAAAACACGCACAAGGAAACAGGUAUCUAGUCACAUUCAGGUCCUGGCAAGGCGGAAAGCCAGAGAGAUUCAAGCCAAGCUCAAGGAUCAGACAGCUAAAGAUAAAGCCAUGCAGAGUAUGGCUACAAUGUCAUCUGCCCAGAUUAUCUCUGCAACUCCCUUCCAUAGUAAAACGGCCUUGCCAGGUCUCCCACGACCAGCCUAUCCUGCUAUUUCAGGGUUUUGGCAAGGAGCUUUGCCAAGCCAAGCUGGAUCUUUGCAAGAUGUGAAACCUUUUUCUCAACAACCCUAUGUUCUACAGCCUUCGCUGCCGUUACCAGGGUUUGACUCUCCCACUGGCCUCCCACCUUCAUCAUCAGCACCAGCUUGGCAAGGACGAAGAGUUGCUAGCUCCAAACUUUGGAUGUUAGAGUUCUCUGCAUUCUUGGAACAGCAGCAAGAUCAAGACACGUAUAACAAACACCUGUUUGUGCACAUUGGGCAGUCAAAUCCCAGCUACAGUGAUCCCUACCUUGAGGCAGUGGAUAUCCGACAGAUCUAUGACAAGUUCCCUGAGAAAAAAGGAGGCCUGAAGGAGCUGUUUGAAAGGGGCCCAGCAAAUGCCUUCUUCCUUGUCAAAUUCUGGGCUGAUUUGAACACCAAUAUUGAAGAUGAAUCCAGAUCUUUCUAUGGUGUUUCCAGCCAAUAUGAGAGCCCAGAAAACAUGGUCAUUACCUGUUCCACUAAAGUGUGUUCCUUUGGAAAGCAGGUAGUGGAGAAAGUGGAGACAGAGUAUGCACACUACGAAAAUGGACACUAUUCCUAUCGCAUUCAUCGUUCUCCUCUCUGUGAAUACAUGAUAAAUUUCAUUCAUAAACUCAAGCACCUUCCUGAGAAGUAUAUGAUGAACAGUGUGCUGGAGAACUUUACUAUCUUACAGGUUGUGACAAACAGGGACACACAGGAGACCUUGCUGUGCAUAGCAUAUGUUUUUGAGGUGUCAGCUAGUGACCAUGGUGCCCAGCAUCACAUCUACCGACUGGUGAAGGACUAGAGACUAUCUGCGCUGAGUCAUCCAUGAGAUGCAUGUCUGAGGAAAAAGUCUGUGCUUGAAAAUCCCUUGUCUCUUUUCACCAAAUUGAAAAAUAAACUGCAGAUACUGUGUAUUUUCAGAAAA